CUGCGCUAGAACAAGCCCAUUAGCUAAAGGUACCAAUAUGGCGGAGGCUUCCCUAGGGAGUUCAAGUCCAGUUGGCUCUUUAUCAUCAGAAGACCAUGACUUUGACCCAACGGCGGAAAUGUUAGUUCAUGAGUAUGAUGAUGAGAGAACCUUGGAGGAGGAAGAGUCUCUGGAGGGAGGGAGGAAUUUCAGCUCUGAGAUUGCAGAUCUGGAAAAGGAGGGUAACAUGCCUUUGGAAGAGCUGUUGGCUAUCUAUCGGUAUGAAGCGUCAGCAGGGUCGAGUAUAGACAGCUCCUCUGGAGACCUGACUGAUGAGCUGCCAGACAUGACUUUAGAUAAGGAGGAAAUAGCAAAAGACCUGUUGUCUGGGGACUAUGAGGAAGAAACUCAGUCCUCAGCUGAUGAUCUGACCCCUUCAGUCACCUCCCAUGAGACAACUGAUUUCUUCCCCAGAACACUUCGAUCCAAUGCCAUCUUUGAUGGUGACAAAGAAUCAGAGUGUGAUGAAGACGGCCCUUGCCCAGAGGACUCCAGAAAGGAAAUAAUGGUGGGAAAACAAUACCAAGCAGAGGUGCCUUCUUGCCUUUGUCACUACAAAGAUGGAGAGAAAGCGUAUGACGAUGAAGAUGAGUUAUUAUGGAGCCCCCUUACGUUGCCUGAAAACAAAGUUAAGAGUUUCCUUACUGAAGUUUCAUCACGGACAACAGAUAACAAGGCAUGCAGUGACAGAUCAGGGAUCCAUGUCCGAGACAAUGAGCAGGCUUUGCAUGAACUUGUAAAGUGCAACUACAACACCCGUGAAGCACUAGAGAGAUACUGCAGCCGUGUGAAGUCAUCGAAAGAAAAAUCGCCUCCGUGGUCAGAAGAAGAAUGUAAGAAUUUUGAACAUGCACUACAGAUGUAUGACAAGAAUUUUCAUCUCAUCCAGAAACACAAAGUCACAACACGAACUGUAGCAGAAUGUGUGGCAUUUUACUACAUGUGGAAAAAGUCGGAGCGAUUUGACUUCUUCGUUCAGCAGAAUCGGUUUGGGAAGAAAAAGUACAGCAGCUAUCCCGGGGUGACUGACUUGAUGGACCGGCUUGUGGAUGAAGCAGAAGGACUGGCAGUAGACAGUUCCUCCUCUUUGUGCUCGGGAGCAGGUGGAGGUGGCAGGCUGGAGUCAGCGACAGACCAGCAGCUCAGUUUGCUCAACUCCAUCACUGCCAGUGACCUCACAGAUGAUGAUUCAGCUUCCUGUCUGGUUCCAGCUUUGAGUAACAGCGUAGCUACAGUGUGCAGCCCUACAGAGGUCAGCUGUCUGGACUCCUACAGCUUCCCCUCACUGGAUGGACUCCACCGCGCCUCCCUAAACCACGAAGAGUCCCUUGGCUUUCCCUCCAACGGCUCGGACCCAGACUGCCUCAACAUGCUGGACGCCGGCUUUUACCACUCUGACCUGGGCCAGCUAGGUGGAAUAUGUGUCAGCAAAGACUGCGAGCGUCCUUCCAAGAGACUCAAGAUGGCGCUGCCUGACUCCUUUAUAAAUGACGUGUCUGUGGGUAACCUCGGAGUGGACUUUGAAGCGCGACGGACAACAACGCACCAUCACAGAAUCACCGGCGCCAAAAUGGCCGUGUCCGUCACAGACUUCGGGAGCUUGGCUGGCAGUGGCGAGCCCAAUGGUUUUUUGGGAGCACACGCACGGCACCACACACAGCACACCGCAGCACUUCAGUCAGAGUAACCUUUCUGGUUUCCUUCUUGUUCUUCCUUUUGAAAAACAAUCCUGCUUGUACAGAAGACUGACCUCACUGGAGAAACUGAUUUGUUUAAAUUCUAUUCUCUAUAUAUCUAUUAUGUACAUGAAUAUACUUUGUUUCCAUUUUUUGUGUAAUAUGACAUCAGUGAUGUCUAUCAUAUAGAACUAAAAUCUUGAUUUCUCUCAAGAGUUUAUAUAGCCAUGUAUUUUAUUUUAGUUUUGUGUUCUGGAGUUGUGUGAUGUCCAUGUACGGUGAGGCCCAGAGGCUGCAGUAGGAGAGUCGUAUCCACCUGGAUCUCCCUCUUUUCACAACUACAGCAUCUUACUCUGCCUUAUUUUUUAUGCCAAAAUCAGCUUAGGUUUCUGCCUCCAUUCUUAAUUGCUUGGUUUUAUUUGAAGUGGUACUUAAAAAAAUAGUAUUUGGUUUACAGGUACUUCUCAGCAACCAGCUAAUUUUUUAUUCCAGAAUAAUGGCUAGCUAUUGUAUGAAGAGCAACACUAGCAUGAAGAACAGGUGUGAUGGACCUCAUAGACCCCCCCUUUCUUUAAGUUUCUCCUGUGGAGGCUUUUUUGCUUGUUUACCUUGAAAUUCUUUAAAGUGGCCAAACUGGAACAUGUGAAUGUUUGUAACCUUUCAUUUUUAAAGUCAUACAUGGUCAGGGUCAUUAUUAUUAUUAUUUUUUAUUAAUAGAUUAUGAAGCGAUCCUGUGCAGAGUAAAUGCUGGUUUUUGCUUCACUCAGACACGGUACAGUUGGUUGCCUGUUUCUUGCAGACUGAGGAUGAUUGCAAACUUGUGUGGCGCUGUAGGACAAAGCUGCUCUUGAACUCACCCAGAAAUAGAAGAGGAAACUGGUACUUUUUCAAACCCUUUUCCAGCCAC